UGUUUAGUUACAACGAUUGCUUUUAAGUUUUCUUGGAUUAGCCAAUGGCACAUUCACUCGUUCCUCUCUCACCGGCAGCUCACGCCGUCAGACUCUCCUCUCCUUCACCGCGGUCACUGCCUCAGGCUCCUCCCGUCGUCCUUGAAGUUCCAUCCGUGAAUCGCAGAACAAUUGUGCUCGGUCUAGGCGGAGUGCUAUGGAGUUGGAGCGCUCUGACGGCUAAGGAGGAGGCAAAGGCCGCAGCAAGACGGCCGCCUCCGCCACCACCCAAGGAGAAGCAAGACCCGAACGUAAGUGGAGUUCAGGCCAAGGUAUUGGCUAGCAGGAAGCGCAAAGAAGAAAUGAAGGCUUCCAUUGCUAAACUAAGAGAGAAAGGCAAACCUGUUGUUGAAGCUGCACCAAAGUCUUCCUCUUCUUCUUCUUCUGCGGAGUAGCAACAAUUUACACUCUUUCAUUAAUUUAUCUGUCUACCAAAUUCAUCCCUAUGAUGUUAAUUCACACUACUGUAUUUCAAUUCACACUCUUAUGGUUAUUUCGUACGUGGUAAAUUAAAUCCAAAAGCAUUCUAGCUUGUCAUGAAA